UUGGAAAUGUCGCUGUACGGCUUUGCCUCUGUCUAUAUAUAUUCUGCAGAACCUCUGUCUCUGUUCUCAAUUUUCUAUGGUCGAUAUCGUUCCGUAUUGAAACUCAAUUCACUUGAUAAAUCAAAGAAUCAAGACUCUGUCAGAGAUGAAGAAAGUUGUAGUGAAGUUGGAAAUAUUUGAUGAAAAAGAAAAGAAGAAGGCCUUAAAAUUAGUUUCCAGUCUCUCAGGAAUCCAGUCCAUAUCAAUAGAUAUGAAAGAUAGAAAGUUAACUGUGGUCGGAGAUAUUGAUCCGAUUGCUGUGGUGAACAAGUUGAGAAAAUUAUGGCAUGCAGAAUUAUUAACGGUUGGUCCUGAUAAAGAGCCUGAGAAGAAAAAAGACGACGAUAAAAAGAAGGAAGAAGAUAAGAAGAAGGAAGACGAGAAGAAGAAGAAAUUAGACGAAGAAAAGAAGAAAAACGAGCAGAUGCAAGAUCUUUUCAAAGCCUAUCAUAACUAUUAUCCUUAUAUGAUGUCCCAACCUCAAUAUGUUGUUCCCAGGGCAGAGGAAGAUCCUAAUUCAUGUGUUAUCUGUUAAUUAUUCUUUUCGAGGUUUGUCUGUAAAAGAUAAUUAUGUGUAUUUGUAUGUUUAAGGUAGAAAAUGUUGUUCGUCUACUAUGUAUCGGUCUGAGUUCAGUUGAUUGAUCUUCAUCGAUCAUUUGCCAGUAAUUUGAUUGAUCUUUAUCGAUCAUUUGCCAGUAAUCUGGUACGUGAACGUGAUAUAUUUACAGUGACGGAGAAAGAAUUUCUUGCGAA